AUGCUGGAGAUCCUGAGUCUGAUCCGUUGUGACGGGGACCCCGGUUGGGUGCGCAGCGUGCUGAACUGGGAGCGGGCGCCCUUGGUGGAGAGCCAGCUGGGGCUGGAGGCUGCCCUGAAAUACCCCCCACCCCGGCUGCUCUCCUCCCACCUCCCCGUCCAGCUCUUCCCCAAGUUCCUGCAGCGCUCCAAGGCCAAGAUCAUCUACACCCUGCGCUGCCCCAAGGACGUCCUGGUCUCGCUGUACCACUUCUCCAAGCUUCUGUGUCUCUUCAAGGACCCUGGUUCACUGGACUCCUUCCUCGAGGACUUCCUGAGCGGGAAUGUGGUCUACAGCUCCUGGUUCGACCACGUCACCGGCUGGAUGGGGCUGAAGGGCAACGAGAACUUCUUCUCCAUCACCUACGAGGAGCUGCAGCAGGUAGGGAAAUUCCGCUCUUGGGUCACGCCCACACAUAACUCCACCCCUGGGGUCACGCCCACACAUAGGAUCUGCGGUGACUGGAGGAACCAUCUCUCGGAGGCACAGAGCCAACGAUUUGACACCGUUUACCGGGAGCGGAUGCAGGGUCUGGGCAUGACCCUCCCCUGGGACUGACGGCCCUGUGCCUGCCAUAUCUGCACCCGCAAUACACCGGCCCUGUGCCACCCACGUGCUACUGAUCUUCCUGUGCCCUGGGAGAUGCCCCUUGGGGCCGCAUCACUGGGCUGGGGUGUGUGACCAGCAGGGGGCAGCACCCACCCAUGGGGCAGAUCUGCAUUUUUACUAAUACGUGUGAACAAAGGGUUAGGGUUACUGUUGGGAUCCACUAGGCAUAGCUACCAGGUAACUCGGGAGAGUGGAAAGCCAAAGUGUCGAUGAAACUCUUUUGCUCUGGGCCUAUCUGAAACCCCCAGACUCCAUCUUGUGAAUUCUCAUUUACUUCUGUGCUAACUGCUUACAUGUUAAAGCAGAAAUGUAUUGGUCAGCGUUUCUGGCAAAUGGCUGUAGUUUCACUCACAUUAGCAGAAAUAAUAAAGAUAAGGAGGACGGAACAGAGAGAGAUAGUUAGUUUGUUGCUGCUUUCCCAUAUAUCCCCAAGGUAUUUAGUGCAAAGGGUCAAGGGAUGUACCUUGUUCUCCCUUCAAAAUGACAAAUGUAUCCGCAACAGAUGUCUCUUGUAUCCCCCCUCCCCAAAAUAAUAUAUGUAUCCUGUGUAACCUAUUAUCUAUCGGUCAGCAUAAUGACGCAAAAGAAUGAAUGCUAAGUUGUUUGUCUCUCUGUAUAAAAGAAGCUCAGUUGUGCUUGUAAGGUGUGUCUCUUCUGGCAUAAGUCGAGGAGCACCCUCUCAGCUGACUGACAAAUAAAGGACCUGGUACCCGU